AUGUCAUCCGCUUCGGGGGAUUCGCCCGUGGCCGCUGGAGGUUACGCAGCUGCUCCGAACGGCCUCUCACCCGAUAGUCUCAGUCCAGACAGUACUGCUACAGAUCGGCCAGAAUCCCAUGGCGGCCAGCGUAUACCACUUGCCUGCCAUCGUUGUCGCGCCAAACGUGGGCGGUGUACGGGUGAGAAACCCAUCUGUGCACCGUGCGUGAAGGCGCAAGCGGAAUGCACAUGGCCCGAGGGCAGGAGGAAGAAACGAACGAGGAGGGAAAUGGAAGCGGAUGAACGCGCCGCUCGCGAACGCGAAUCUGCAUCGGCGAACAUGGGCGUGCAUCGAACAGUGCCGUAUCCCGUGGUGGGCUCGCGCCCACAGCCGUAUCCCGCCCAGAUUCAACCUGCAGCGUACUCGGACCAUAGUGGUUCGCCGCACGAGCACACAGUGUCUCCUAUUCUACCAUCACCAGCGCAUUGGGACCGGACGCGCGCCAUGCAGCACAAUGGUCUUCCUCCAGCAUGGGUUGUACCGCAACCGCAUCACCGACCGCCAACCCUCGGUGGUACUAAUGGAUGGCACACGGACCCGUCUUCAAGCGCCCGGCACGGUCACAGCCCUUCUUCCGAGGCUGUCGGCCCCGGGGGUCACGUACAACCGUUACCAGUGCAACCCAGCACACCUUCUGGGUAUAUGGCUCUCCAUACUGAUCCACCCACGCUGCCCAGUCAUUACGCACAGUCAACAUCAAGGCUGCCUAGCCCUCCCGCUGAAGACGAUGCUCUGGACAUUGACGGCGAUCUCGAGCUCUUCUACUAUCGCUUCUCGGGUCGGCAAGGUUCAACAGCAGUUGCACCGGGCAUCAACCGCAUUUCCCUCAAACUUCAGCGGCGUGCGACAUCAACAGAAGCACCUGUUCCAGAUGUUCGGGAACAGCUGCAAACACCUCCGCCGCAUGAAGAGAUGUUUGACGUGCACGGCAUGCCUUUUCCGCACGUCCACCUACCGCUGUUGGACCAAUUCUUCAAAACGGCCGGUCGACAUUUUCCCAGUGUUAAUCAGCGUCGCAUGCAUGAACGCCUCGAAACGCAAACGAUGAGCGCGUUUUUCAUGAACUGUAUAUGCGCGAUAAGUGCCAGGUUCAAUCAGGGACUAGAGAACCCCGCAAAGGCGGCUCAACCGUUCAUCACAAAAGCGCAAGAGCUGAUCGUGCCCCUACUGCACCUCCCCACGAACGACGUUGCGACUGGCCUUUUGCUUCUUGCGUGGGCCUGCUUUGGACAGAACUCGGAUAGCGGUCUUUGGCAAUAUUCUGGCAUGGCCACCCGAAUGGCUCUGGAUCUCGGUAUACACGAGGUAUCUGAGAUCUACGAGUCCUCCGCUCAUGUCGUCCGCACCCGGCUCUUCUUCUGGAGCUUAUUUGUGACGGAUCGCAUUCUCGCUUUAUAUACGGGGCGCCUCCCUUCCUUCCCCGAGGAAAUCAUUGAGAUCCCAUUGCCCACCGACGAAGACUUCUUCCCCGACACAGCCCGCUCGAACGAACCCGAUGCCCGGAAUGAGCCCGUUGAGCCCGUACCCUUCAACUACCUCGUCCGGCUCAUGGUCAUCUGCGGCCGGAUAGCCACGGUCCUCAACGGUCGACGAGGCAGACCGCGUACACUCGCGCAAGAGGCAGAGCCCUCGGGCACGCUGAGCCAUCUGCAGCAAGAGCUCGUCCAGUUCUACUCGGAUCUGCCGGUGUCGCUCAAGUGGGGAGUGGAUACGUUCAAGCACCAGGACGCAAGGGGACACGGGGGCACCUUUGUGACGCUGCACCUCUGGGCCAAUGCGGUGAUGGCGUUGACCUAUCAUACCGAUCUGACGGUGAAUCCUAUGGGUGCGGAGACGCCAUUGUCGCAGAAUACGGAUCGAAACCUUCAGGUUGCGCUUACGUGCGCAAGGAGCAUCGUCGAGUGUGUGAGGGUGUCGGAUGCGUUCGGACACAGGGCUUACGUCAUAAGCCCGUUCUGCGUACAACCGAUCUUCAUCGCCAGCCUGGCCUUCAUCCAUGAUGCCAAGUCAAUGGGUGUGCUUCCGCAAGAAGACUCCAAAGCGACAUACUCGACGGCGAACGCCGUGCUCAAGAGCGUCGCCCAGGACAAUCUGAAGGUCCUCAGCAGCGCGAUGCAGCGCAUGGACCACUACUGGGCCGGCAUCGCGUAUGUCUCCGACGUGCUGGAGCAAAAAGCAGUGAACAUGGGUUACUCGAUCACCGACCCGUCGAUGCGCGCGAAGAGGACGUUCGUUGCGUUGAAGGAUCAGGGUUUGUUGAGGCGCUUUACCGGAGGGGUAAAUCUGCCGCACGAUACCGCUCCGGCUACGGAGACGAGUCUGUGGACCAGUAUGGCGAAGGAGAUGAUCGAGCAGCAACAACAACAGUCGUCCGCCGCGGGCGUCGACCGAGAUGGGAUCUUGUCGGCGUAUACGAUUGAGAAUCUGUUCGUGCAGCCGGCGGGUACCACGGAGCUCGAACAGUUCCUCGCUAUGUGA